AGCUCCCUGCGCAAUGGUCAUCAUUCGGGUGCUCUGGUCGCUUUUGGUGGUGCUGCUUUCCACGGGAACUUAUUGGGCGCAAGAAACCAACCAAAAAGACUGGUGGGAGACGGCCGUCUUGUAUCAGAUCUACCCACGGUCGUUCUUCGAUGCCAACGAUGACGGAGUCGGUGACUUGAACGGAAUCACUGCUAAACUGCAAUACCUGAAGGACAUCGGAGUGGAUGCCACGUGGUUGAGCCCAAUUUUUUCCUCACCACAGGAGGAUUUCGGUUACGAUGUUAGUGACUUCAUCUCGGUGGAUCCACUAUUCGGGACGAACGCAGACUUGGAGCAACUGUUCGCCGAAGCGAAAAAACUUGGAAUUAAAAUCAUUCUGGAUUUUGUCCCCAAUCAUUCCAGUAAUCAACACGACUGGUUCAUCAAGUCGGAGCAGAAAAUAGCUCCCUACACGGACUACUAUGUGUGGCACGAGGGUUUACCGAACCCGGAAGGAGGACGCCCAUUAGUUCCUAACAAUUGGCAAUCUGUGUUCUAUGGUUCCGCAUGGAAAUGGAGUGAACACCGUGAGGAGUACUACCUGCACCAAUUUGCGAUUGGUCAACCAGAUUUGAACUUCCGUAAUGAAGCGGUGAUCGAAGAAUUCGACGAAAUUUUACGCUUCUGGAUGGGUAAGGGUGCCUCCGGAUUCCGCAUUGAUGCCAUCAAUCACAUGUUCGAGGUGGAGGACUUUCGAAAUGAACCAAUUAACAACCCGGAUGAUCCGAAUAGCUACGGUUAUACACAUCAUAUCUACACGAAGGAUCUCCCAGAAACGUACAAUGUGAUUGCCCGUUGGCGUAAACUAAUCGAUGAUUAUGUAGAGGCGAACAAAUUGGACACGAUUAUUAUGAUGACGGAAGCAUAUGCCAGUCUUACGAUGACUAUGAGAUAUUACGAAUCAGAGGAUGGAACUCAAGCGAGAGCUCAUUUUCCUUUCAAUUUCGCUAUGAUUGAAAAUUUAAAUGAAAACUCGAAUGCAGCCGAUUUCAAAUACAUCAUCGAUCGUUGGUUGGAGAACAUGCCCCGUGGCAGUGUUGCCAAUUGGGUUCUGGGAAAUCACGACAAACCUCGCCUUGCCAGUCGUUACGGGCGUGAACGAAUCGAAGGAAUGGGCUUACUACUGAUGUCCUUGCCCGGUGUUGCGGUAGUCUACAAUGGUGAAGAAAUCGGUAUGGAAGAUUACCGUGACAUCUCCUAUGAAGAUAGUAAAGAUCCUCAAGGUUGCAAUCUUGGUCCCGAACGAUACAGAGAUGGUUCGAGAGAUCCUCAGCGAACACCAUUCCAGUGGGAUGAUACAUUCAAUGCAGGUUUCUCAAAAGCCGAUAAGACCUGGCUUCCAAUGCAUCCUUUGUACAGACAAACCAACCUUCUGAAACAGCAGAAAGCGGAUUACAGCACAUACAAGUUUUACGGUGAACUUAUGAAACUUCGAAAAGACCGAAUUUUUACUCAAGGAGAAUUCCAAUCGCGUGCUUUCAACGACGACGUGUUCGGGUUGGUUCGGUUCAUUCGUGAAAACGAGGAUCGUGAUUUUGAUCCGUUCAACAUUGUUUUGAUCAAUCUCGCCGACGAGGAGCAUGUGGUAGAUGUGAAAGAUUUAUACCGAUUUGUGAAUGCAAUGGCCACGGUUCGACUGGUGGGAAAGGAAUCACGUCACCAAGUCGGGGAUACAAUUAACGCAACGGCUGUUUCCCUUGGACCAUACGAAGCCAUCGUGCUCGGGGACAUCAGUGCAGCGGUGGGAUUGAAGUUGUCAUUUUAUUUGAUUGCAAUUUUAGUUUUAAAAUACUUAUUCAUGUAAGCUGAUUCUGUUCAAUUUUGAAUUGGAUAUUUUUAUAGAAUUUAGGUGUAAAUAAGUUUCCAUUUCCUUGAUAUUCUGAACCCGACUAAGCCUCCUGCCAAGUGUUGUCAACUUGUGUUCUGAAUAAAGGUAAAAUCUCGACAAACAACAAAACCGUUGUACCAUACUUUUGUAGAAAUUUCGGGAGUU